AUGGUCGCCGCCACCAUAGAAGAGUACGGCGUGUACACCAUGCUGCCGGCGCAGCAGCUGCCGCCGAUCACGCCGUGGCCGCCCGACGGCAGCCUGCUGGACCGCAUGGACGACCUGGCGCACAAAGACGUGAUUAAUUGGAGUAAGCAGACUUAUGAUGCGGCAGGUCACAGCGGCGUUAAUCAGCUCGGCGGCGUGUUUGUAGGAGGGCGGCCGCUGCCGGACUCCACGCGGCAGAAGAUCGUGGAGCUGGCGCACUCGGGCGCGCGGCCGUGCGACAUCUCCCGCAUCCUGCAGGUCUCCAACGGCUGCGUGUCCAAGAUCCUCGGCAGGUACUACGAGACGGGGUCCAUCAGGCCACGGGCCAUCGGCGGGUCGAAGCCUAGAGUGGCCACGGCCGAGGUGGUCAGCAAGAUCGCGCAGUACAAGCGGGAAUGCCCAUCCAUCUUCGCGUGGGAGAUCAGGGACCGCCUCCUCAGUGAAGGAGUCUGCACGUCCGAUAACAUACCUAGUGUCUCCUCCAUCAACCGGGUGCUCCGCAACCUGGCAGCCCAGAAAGAGAAGACCAACAGCCAGCAGCCGUCCUCCGACUGCUCCACGCCGGUGUACGAGCGGCUGCGGCUCCUCGGGGCCCCGGGGGCUGCGCCCUCCUGGCCCCGGGCCCCCUGGCCCGCGCAAAUAGACACGCGGACCCCCCCGUACCAGCUGCACAGCUUGAGCCCGGGGCCCCAAGCGAUUGGGUGCAAUGGGGGGGACAUGGCGGGGAUGAAGAAAAGCGAGGAGCCCCUCGAAGGUCUGGAAGGCCUGCACUCUGACGAGACGGGCUCCGGGGACAACUCCAACGCGGGCUCCAGCGGAGCUGACGACGACGCCGCGCGGCUCCGGCUCAAGAGGAAGCUGCAGAGGAACCGCACCAGCUUCACCAAUGAGCAGAUUGAUAGCUUGGAGAGAGAAUUUGAAAGAACUCACUAUCCCGACGUGUUUGCCAGAGAGAGACUUGCUGCCAAAAUCGGACUUCCCGAAGCUAGAAUACAGGUGUGGUUCUCGAAUCGGCGCGCGAAGUGGCGUCGCGAGGAGAAGAUUCGCGCGCAGAGACGCAGUCCCGAAUGCGCGUACGCACCGCCGCCGCAGCACGCGCCGCACGCCGCGCCGCCGCACGCCGCGCACCCCACCCCGCCUCACCAGGCCUAUCAGCCGCCGCUCAAUGUUGAUACUUACAGUCCACUUACUCCUAUGGGAUACGGCACUGGAAUGGUCGCUGAAACACCAGUGUGCGAGAACACCGACUCUGAGCUUUGCAAGGGCGGCUUCUUAGGCUACCCUCGCUACGAGUUAGGCUACAGACAACCGCCGCAUCCGUACGCUAACCAUCAUGGCUACCAGCACGAACCUGCCUCUCCGCCUCCAGAAUUGGGUGGUCUUCUCGGUGCAGGAGUGUCGGUUCCAUUAGCGGUCCCUGGGCAAGACACCCAGCAGUACUGGUCCCGGCUACAGUGACCCUGGUGGACCUAGUUUCGUUCGGCACCGCUCGGUACUUCUCAAUUUCGGUCAUAGCUACGGAAAUUAAAACCUUACGAGCAAUUAUUAAAAGGUUUAGCUAGUGGUUCGGCGGGGACUUCAAUUUUUCUUUCUUCAUAAAUCUGCUCCGAGUAUUUUAUGAUUUAUUUAAUUUAUAGAUCACUGCCUUAUGUACCGAUUUGAGUAAAAAACAUCAGUUCACAGAUAUAUUAUGUCCAUAAAAUAUUUGUUAUCUUAGCUGGAGUUAUAAAUAGAAAUGAGACAUUCACGGUUUAGUCGACCCGACUAUAUUAUCAUUAUACACGCAUAGUAUAAAGAAUCGACAUAUCCGUUAGUUGACACAAAACAGGAAUAUGAGCACAAAAUGUAGGCUCAAAUGUAUUUAUACUACUUAAUUAGGCUAUUUCAUUCAAGAUUCAACCAAAAUUUUAUAUCGAUAGAGCAUGCACUGAUGCACAUAAGAUGUGCAGUCGUUUAAAAUGUAUAAUUUUGAAUGAAAUAAUUUAAUAUCUUGGUGUAAGUGUUAUAUUUUAAUUAACACCAUAGAUAGGACUUAGAUAAGACUAAUUUAAGACUCUGGCUCUGUAUAUUUGGUGUAAAUGUUUCCUAAUUAAGGCCAAAACUAAAUUUUAUUGAUAACUUCUAGUACCUAAAUCAUCAAAAACGUGUAAAGAAAAUUGUCCGUCAAAAAGUCAAAAUUUAAAUUUUAUCUUAAUGAAAAUUCGUUCGAAAAGAUAUUUUUAAAUAAAACAGGGCUUCUUAGUUAUAAGUGUCUGUAAAUAAACUCAUUUGAUGUAAUGUAAUGUUAAUUGUGGAUCUUUUUCGAUGUGACGUUGUAAUUUUGUAUCAAAUUCAAAAUAAAGAUUACGCAUGUAGAUAAUUAUUCAAUUUAAACGGAAAUCAUGUAGUAUUAACAAGCCAACUGUUAUCAUUAAUCUCAAUUCAGUUGUGGUAUGUAUUACUUUCGAAUUUAUUAUACCUAAUACAUAAUUGUUAGUUUUAACUGUAUAGUAUGUGGAGGUAUACACAUCAAAUUGUGGAUAAUUGUGUGAUGUCGAUGAAACGUUUUAAUAACAGCAUUAUUUAAAUAAAUUUUUGGAUCAAAUUAAGUAAUUUUUUAAUUUAUUAGCAACAACUGCAACCAAACCAUUUCCUGAUCAAUGAUUCUAGCUAGAUAAAUAAGAUAAUGGAAGGUAGUUGGUGAAUAAAAAGAAAAUAGAAAUAAUUAUGUACAAUCUCAUAUAAUUAAUUAAAGCUUUUACCAUACUACAGCUACCAGUACCUCAGUAACUUUUCUUAAACUGUAACAUGGCAAAAAAGAGCAGAAACUAAUUAUUUUUAUUUUUAAACAGACCAAUGUUCAACCUAUGCACCUUUGUACUGCUCUUAAAAUAAUAUUUACAUACAUAAACAACUUUACGUAUGCAUUUGUUUUUAUAUCUCCCGAAAUUAAAGAUUUUGUUUGUACUCAAAAGAAUGAAACUUAUGUCUAAGUAAAUGUGAAUAACUUCAAAUAUCAAAACCUUACUGAAAGUUAUUUCACAAUAAAAUAAAAAGCCUUAAUAAUGCAAAAGGCUGCAGCCCUACUUCCUGUUCUAAACAGGGUAAAUAUUAGAGAAGAUCUAUCGACCUCUAAUAUCUUAAUUAACUUACAUAACUUUAUUGCACACAAGCUUAUUGCCUGAAAUUCUCCUAAUAUAAGUACCUAAAUACAAGACAAAUGAAACGAAACAAGUUCUUAAAGAUAGAAAAUUGCAACGUAACUCUACUCUCUUUUGCCAGGUAGAAACACGUCCUAAACUUGUAGCCUACAU